AUGGAGAGACGCGGACGCGGAGGUGGUGGAAAGGUGCUGCUGCCGCCAAUCAACUACAUUUUCAAGCUUCUUCAGACCCGCGCAAAGGUCUCGAUAUGGUUGUUCGAACAGCUGGGCAUCCGCAUUGAGGGUACCAUCAGAGGUUUCGAUGAAUUCAUGAACCUGGUCGUCGACGAUGCCAUUGAGGUCAAGCAACCCACAAAGACCGACCCUGAAGAGUCGAGAAGAAGCCUCGGCCAAAUCCUCCUCAAGGGCGACAACGUUGCUCUCAUCCAGAGUCUAUGA